UCCAGCCUGUUUGCUCUCUGCCAAAAACCCCCCACCACAUCUUGGCCCGUCAAAACAGACCUCAUUCACCACUCAGCUCUGAUAUGGGAUCGUUGCCCAUCGGUUGAACCGUGUCACAUCCCAUCCCAUCUCCCCAAUACACAAUGUUCAGUGAUGGAGUAAACCGGAUGCCUGCGACAUCCCACCAGUCCUUCACUUCCUCCUCACAUGCUGCCCGUCCCAGUCCGCAACCUGAUGCCGCCACCUCGAGCUCAGCUGAUGCCGGCGCCCGAGCUGCUUCGGCCUCAAUAACUUCGUCGAAUCCUCCUCGUUCAAAUCCUCCUCGGCGUGCUCCUGGUCCCUCGUCAGCCCCAGACGAGCCCCGGUCCUCAAUGGCGUCCCGCUCGUCCCUUGCCCCCCCGAGCCUGCCCGACCGCAGGCGCCCUUCUUCCCAACGACACCACUCUUUUCAAUCCAGCCAUUCCCAACAGGAGAGACAUGGAGACCGGCCUGAUGCACCAGCUGUAACGUCCCAAUCGUCCCCUUCAUCUCCCGUGUCCCACCCAGCCAACCGGAUGUCCCGAUCGCUCGGUGCUUCCGCAGAUACCCCUCCUGAGCGCAUCAAAGUACGCGACCUCAAACACAUCCAACGCUUUGCCAGCGAGGAGGUGCUGUCGUCUUCGCGCGAAGGGAUGGCAACUCGUCCCUUUCAAAAUUCUGGUCGACAGUACGAUAUUCGAUCGAUGCCAGUCAUUGAUGUGAUCGAGAUGAUCGCAGGUCUCCUAAACAAGAUCACCGCCACAAACGACCUUCAGCACGAACAUAUCCACCGUCACAUCCCUUCGCCGGAAUGUGUUGCUAGCCUCAGUCCGCAGGCCGCAAGCGUACUGGCCUUCCAUGGGAAAAACACCCCCAACAUAGGGCUCUAUGACUAUCUCAUAAGAAUAUACCGGUACUGCCCGUCGUCCUAUGAGAUCUUCCUUUGUCUACUCGUCUAUUUCGACCGUAUGGCCGAGAUCGUCAAUAAGGGCUACCUUCAGAACCUUCAACGACGGCACGAUGGCAAAAAUAGUCAACGGCCUACCUCUCCAGCUCCCCCGCUCACUAUCACUCCUGGUGGGCGCUCCUCUCACCUCAUCACGCCCCCUUCCUCCGGUGUCAACGCUCCACUUACCCACAGCGAACCUCCAUCUCCAAUGAUCCAAGAUCCACAGCAACCGCCGGCUUCAAACGCAGAUUCCAUGCAAGUUGAUAACAACAAUCCUGAUUAUACCCAUGAUCACAACAAUGAUGACGCCGAUGCAGUAGACUUCUCGCAUUAUUUCGUUGUUGAUAGUCUCAAUAUCCACCGUCUCGUUAUAGCGGGUAUUACGUGCGCGACCAAAUACUUUUCUGAUGCGUUUUGGACCAAUUCAAGAUACUCCAAGGUUGGUGGCAUACCACUUCGCGAACUCAACCACAUUGAGCUCCAGUUUCUCUUGCUCAACGACUUCCGUCUCUCCAUCUCCCCUGACGAAUUACAAACAUACGCGACGAUGUUGGUGGAAUUUUAUAUAAGAGAAAUUCUCAACCAGCGCAAACGGCUCCAGGAACAGACUCAGGGCCAAAUACCUCAGUCACCUCCGGGCACUCCACAAACAGAGAUCAGAGCAGGAGCCUGAACAGGGCAUGGUGUACGCAUGCUUGCAUCCAGCUCUCGCCCGACAUCUGGAAGGUUUAUGUAAGAUGACGAGACGCAUCAAGGCGCAUAGACCACCGAUUGAUAUCUCUCUGUAUGCCUACUGGAUUUAUCUCAGUUAUCUCUGUGAUGAAUCAGCUGAGAAGGUCGGGACAUUUAUUUUCAACAAAUCGCAUAGCUAUUCCUGGAAUAUUUUCUGCAUCAUGCCACGAAGAUUAAUCCUUUGAGCUAUGCACAUCUGCUUAUGAUGCUUUCUACGGUUUUAUACCAAUUAUUCUGGAGUGUUUUUAUUUGUUUCAUACUCCCCUUCUACACUACUUCUAUUUCUUUUCUUCCUUGAGCAGAGUUGAUGUUUUCACGCUUAUUCUCCACCUCGCUCCCUAAUGAUUUUUCAAAGUCUCUGGUUCUUGCGUGUAAUUCAUUUCUAUUGCCUCUCCUGCAGGGAAGUUAUGUGUUUAUGCUUAUUUGACCUUCUAAUUUGACCAGGGGUUUUCUUUCCACCUCAUUCAUUUCUAGCAAUCCCUUUUCUUUUUCUUUUUGUGCUCUGUAGCCGUGCGCAAUUGUCCAGCUGAUACAGAAGUAUUAUCAUUUUUUAAUCAAUGGAAUUCCUGAUUGUCCUGCUGACCCAUUGAUAUUAUCAUUUC